AUGUUCACGACAAAGCCUCUAAGCUCUUUCAAAAAUGCCCUCUCUUCGAUCCACCAGCCUCUGCCUCUCUCUUCGCGAGAGUCGCAGAAGCUUCUCAACGUCUUGAAAACCUCUUUCCGUCAAAACCUCGACAAGGAGCAUGGCUGGGCUCCCGAGACUACCGAAUCCUCCGUUUCCCAGACAUCCUCCAAGCACCCUUCUACCUCGCGCGACUCCCACCGCCGCCCGACCGACCGACAUCUCCGCUCUAUCCUCUCCAAUCCCCUGUUCAAGAGCGGCGGGAAACCCAACGAUGUGGCUUUUGCAGCACCACGGGACCCCAUGGACGUUUUCGACGAGGCUGCUUCGAAGGGCAUGAUGACGAGAAAGGCUGCGACCGGCUGCUUGCGUGCUAAGCGUCAGCAGAUCCUGCAAUCCAGUGCGUUGUCAGUUCACGAUGCCAUGGCGGCAUCUAUGGCCGGUUUACGGGUACUCCAAUGGCUGAGAUCAUCUGGCGAGGAGCGAACAUUGGAGUUCCUCACAGACAAACACUUCGUCUACGAACUGUCGCCAUUUCUCAUUUCGGAAGGGCUCGAGGAGGUGGCGUGGAUGUGGGCGGACAGGAUGGUUCGAGGAGAAGGUCCAGCAGACGACAAUAGUGUCAUUGUUGGAUCUUUGAUCUCCAGUAUUGUGGCCGCCAAGUCAAACAUUGAGGACAAGAACCUCGACACUGCCUUCUCGGCGAUGCUUAGAGCAGACGAGACAUGGAAAGCAAACCCUCAACUACCGCAUAUCCUCCUUCGUCCCUGGCGAGUACUCUCCUGGCGGUCAACAGUGGAAGCAUGGAAAAGGCCGCUGCCUUCAACUACCUUGUUCGAGUCUUUCGUCGGCACCGCCAAUCAUAUUCAACGGCCCUUGAGGGUCGACCGCGCACACCUUGACCUUCACCACCCGACAAGUCCAAACCACGAACGCGCUGUAAAGUUUCUUCAGGGUUUCCAGGACUCGCGACUCAUUAAACCGGAGACUAGCACUGGCAUGGUGACGAGAGCCAUUUUUAUGGGUAUGGAUGCCGUUAGCCAUUUGACCCGUCUUGGUAGGACAGACGAAGCCGAGUCACUGCUACGUGUGCUGCAGGCCAAAUUCUCGGAGGAACUUUGGCAAAAACACCGCAUGCGUGGCAUGGCAUUAGUAUGA